AAUUCCCAUAUCCUUUCCUUUCCCUGACCAAAUUUACAUGCCCAGGUUUUUUUCUCCAAAAACUGGAGAAUCUGAUUCCUUCUUGUUUUCUCCCUUCUCAUAUUCCUUUCCCCCACCUCUCAAAUUUCAAUCCCUUUACAUAUAUAUAUACACCUAAGAGGCACGGAAAAAUUAAAAAGGAAAGCAAAAGAGAAGCAUCUUUUUAUUUGCUAUCAUUCAAACAUUCGCGGCGAAAGCGCGAUGGGAUGUCGAGCUUAUUGUAGUCUAGUUCUGCUUGGUCUCGCGGUGGGGGUUCUGCUGUCGACGGCGCAGGCGCAGGCGCAGGCGCAGGCGCAGGCGCAGGCGAUGGGGAUAAACUGGGGGACGCGGGCGACGCACCCAUUGCCGCCAGAUAUCACGGUGCGGCUGCUGCAAGACAACGGGUUCGCGAAGGUGAAGCUGUUCGAGGCCGACGACCUGGCGCUGCGCGCGCUCGGCAGGUCUGGAAUUCAAGUCAUGCUCGGCAUCCCCAACGAGUACCUCGUGCCGCUUGCCAGUAGCGUCCGCGUCGCCGAGCAGUGGGUCAUGCAGAACGUCUCCUACUACAUCUCUAAGUUCGGCGUCGACAUCAGGUACGUAGCCGUGGGCAACGAGCCGUUUCUGAAGACGUACAAGAGUCUCUACCAGCAAACAACUUUUCCGGCCCUGCAGAACAUCCAGGCCGCGCUGAUUAAAGCAGGUCUAGGGCGGCAGGUGCACGCGACCGUCCCGCUGAACGCCGACGUCUAUGAGACGUCGACCGGGGUGCCCUCGGGGGGCGACUUCCGGGCCGACAUCCGCGACCUGAUGAUCAGCAUCGUCGGAUUCCUGCAGAACAACGGCGCCCCGGUCGCCAUCAACAUCUACCCGUUCCUGAGCCUCUACGCCGACCCGCACUUCCCCAUCGACUACGCCUUCUUCGGCGGGGGCGCGGCGCCGGUGGUCGACGGGAGUGUGACCUACACCAACGUGUUUGAGGCAAACUAUGACACGUUGAUAUGGGCUCUGGAGAAGAACGGGUUCGGGUCCAUGAACGUUAUUGUGGGGGAGAUUGGGUGGCCUACGGAUGGGGACCCGAAUGCCAAUUUGGAGUAUGCUGGCAGGUUCAACCAGGGCCUCAUCGACCGGAUCACACGAGGCAUGGGCACGCCGAAGCGGCCGACGCCGCCGGAGAUCUACAUCUUCGCGCUGAUCGACGAGGACGCAAAGAGCAUCCAGCCGGGCAACUUUGAGCGGCACUGGGGCCUCUUGUACUACGACGGCACGGUCAAGUACCCGCUUACGUUGGAAAAUGGCCAGAACUUAACCGGCGCAGUGGGCGUAAAGUACUUGGACCGGCAGUGGUGCGUCCUGGCGCCGGAGGCCAGCAUUGCAGACCCUAACAUCCCAGGAGCCGUCGACUACGCAUGCCAGUACAGCGACUGCACCAGCCUCAGCUACGGCUCGUCGUGCAGCGGGCUCGACGCGCGGAGCAACGUAUCGUACGCGUUCAACCAGUUCUACCAGACAGCGAACCAGCAGAAGGGGGCCUGCAUGUUUUCGAACCUGUCAGUGAUCACGCAGACCGAUCCGUCGCAAGGGACCUGCAGGUUUGAGAUCAUGAUCGACACGGGGAGGCACGAGCUGACUUCGAACACCGACAGGGCCGUCGCGAGGGCGUCGGCCGUGGUUGGGAUUUGGAGUGUGCUAGCAGCAGUCGGUUUGGCGGCGAUAAACCUAUAAAACAGUGCAUCUGAACAUCUCAUGCAUCUCAUCUUCGGAAAAGAUAGAAGUUUAAGAUGGAAUGGAUGUUUAUACACCAGAUGCGCACAACAGUUUCCCAAAGAAAGUAGGGUGCAUUCUAAAAAACAAACUUUUACGCACGAAAAAGAUUGAACUUAGGAUUAAAAAUUAAGAUGAGAUGAAAAGAACGCGGCAGACAAAAUCUCAGUCCAUAGCAUCUCCUUGUAGGGCAAGAGGCCCCUUGUGGAAGGGAGCAGAGAUUGUUGAGAUAUGCUCUUAUCUCAGGAAACUAUUGCCCAGGAGAUGCCUGAAAUUAAUCCACUCUGAAAUUACUUGCAAUUUAGAUUUAAGAUAAGAGUGAUUCUUUUAAACUCUUACAUUCUGAUUCAUUAAGUAAUUAUGUAUUUGAUUAGAAUAAGCCAACUAACAGUUGGCAUUUUCUUCGGUUAGAGUUUCACAACACUCUUCCAGUACAUAGUAUUACACUGUAAAACAAAUUGAUUCAUGAUAUAUUUUGUGCAUAUUGCUUACUUUAUCCAGUUCUCUGU